CAUGCCACAGAGGUCUUCCCAGCAUCCGAAUCGUGUCCGCCACCACUCCACUAGAUCACCGACCACCGACCACCGUGGUAGUUCUAAAAAAAGGCGACCACCGUGGUCCUGCCCGCCCACAGCGCACACCGUACUGCGCCGCCUAGGCCGAUACCAGAAGCCAUCUCCUGCUCCCCACGGCUCCACUCCGGCGAGAAAUGCGGCGCCCUUCGGUUCAAGAUGGGCUGACGCGGCAACUCGGAUCGGUGGAGUCGACUCGGCAGUAAGACUGCCUGCGGGAACUCGAUUCGUCGGCGGGAGCUCGUGGAUUUCCAGCUUGUCGUUGUGCAGGCAAGUGGGGAAUUUUUUCUAACCUACUACCUUUGCACUUUGAAGGGAAGAUAGAAGAGGGGGCCAUCAUCAUCUAAGAGUGAGAAUCAGCAGAAGGGCGUGACAAGAAGAUGCUGAAGAAACUGAUAUCGAAGACCAAGAGCAAGAAGAAGAAGGAGGCUGCCUCUUCUUCCCUCCCCACCUUGGAUCGACUACAUGAGACCCUAGAAAUGCUGGAGAAGAAAGAGCGUUUGCUUCAGAAAAAGUCUUCCGCGGAAAUAGAAAAGGCUAAGGACUAUACAAAGGCAAAGAAUAAGAAUGCUGCGAUUCAGUGUUUAAAGAAAAAGAAGUUGUAUGAAACACAGAUUGAGCAGCUAUCAAAUUUUCAGUUGCGAGUUCAUGAUCAGAUUAUAAUGCUUGAAAAUGCAAAGGCAACAACUGACACUGUUGAUGCUUUGCGCUCUGGGUCAUCUGCUGUCAAAGCUAUUCAACAGUCCCUGAGUAUCGAUGACAUUGAGAAUGCAAUCGAAGAGGCGAAUGAACAUACAGAAAAUAUGAAACAGAUACAGGACGCACUUGCUACACCAUUCGGUGCUUCGGCUGAAUUCGACGAGGACGAGUUAGAGGCGGAACUGGAAGACCUCGAGGAGGAAGAACUGGACCUGGAGCUGCCUGAACCGCCUCGGGGGACACGCGUGGCGCCAUCAGCGUUGGCGGCGAGUUCUUCUCGACUGGCGGCCAGCGAUUUCGCUGAACUGACCAAACUUCAGGCAGAGAUGGCGAUUUAGGGAUCUGCUAUAAAAAUACUGCGGUUUGGAGGGGAUGCUGUCAUUGAAACCUCUGAGGCUCAUUGCCAUCCUUGCGGCGUGCAUGUAACAUGUUGUAAAAUUCAGGUUAUGUUGAAGAGCAUCAACUCCUGUCAAUUUCUUGCAUGCUGUUUGCCCUCUUUCUCUGCGUGCACUGUCCCCACUGAGCCUCCUCAAUGAGAGCUCCUUUGAUUCAAAAGAAAUUUUUAAGGAUUUAGGUCCUUUCUUUUG